AUGCAAAAACUGACGGAGCGCAUAGACGACCUGAAGCAAAGAAUCGCUGCUUGGGGAAAUCGGAUUCGGCGAUAUACCGAGAGGUCGACACGGUUCAACCAGAAUCGUCUCUUCCGGAGUGAUCAGAAGAGGCUCUAUAAAUUAUUGGAGCGACCAAUAGUAAGUGAAAUGGGCCCUGCACCAAAUCAGGCCGACAUGGUCGCAUUCUGGCGCAGCCUGUGGUCAGAGCCCGUAAACCACAACGAGGGCCCUUGGACGGAAGUUGUGGCGAGUCAGUGUGCGAGUAUUACCCCCAUGGACCCCGUCAUCAUAACUCCGGAUGACGUAGCUGAGGCGGUCCGUAGGGCCCCGAACUGGAAAAGUCCAGGGCUUGACGGGCUGCAUCACUACUGGCUGAAGGGGUUCAUGAGUGAUCAGAAGAGGAUCUAUAAAUCAUUAGAGCGACUAGAGGUAUGUGGAGAGGGCCCAGGACCGGAUCAGGCUGACACUUUCGCGUUUUGGCGUGGUCUGUGGUCAGAGCCCAUAAACCACAGCGAGGGCCCUUGGAUGGAAGUUGGAAUAUUACAAAAGAUUACCAAAAGAUGCGAUUCUCCUACUGAGAUUGUUAACUUUUCUCCUGAUCAUCAAACGGACAUACAAAACUCUUCAAACUUUGAUUCAUCUGCUACAUCAACCAAAAAAUCUCCAAUGAAAGUCGCAAAAGUAGCUGAGCCUGAUCAUGUUGUGAUCACGGUUACAGCUGAUAUCCAUGAAAACUAUCAAAACAAUCUGGAAUAUUUACCGAUACCUAAGAACUCUGAUGAAAUCGUUAAUUCAAACAAAGAAAAUAUGGAUUUCAACCGGAUACAGAUUGAGGACCAAGAACCCCUUUCCUUAAAUGAUAUUAGCCUGGACUUGGAUAUAAAUUUGAAUAAUGGUGCUGAGGAAAAUGUCAUGGAUGAACCUGUUCCUAAAAAACAAAAAAUUAACAUUUUAGAUAUUAAGAAUAUAUCAACCGAAAAUGUAUUCACCGCGAGCAAAACCGAAAAAUUGGAUAACAUUUUGCUAACUUCUUUAAGUAAAAGAAAGCAAUAUCGAGCGUUGGCUCAAUAUCAAUCUGUCAAAUAUGAAAUCUAUCCACUCUCUCCAGUAUCGAGACACAGGCUGAGUCUAGUAAAGAGGAAAAUGCUGGUGCUUGAUUUAGACGAAACUCUUAUACAUUCACAUCAUGAUGCAAUGUUGCGGCCAACAGUAAAGCCGGGUACUCCUCCUGAUUUUGUGCUCAAAGUGACUAUAGACAAACACCCAGUCAGAUUUUUUGUGCAUAAAAGGCCGCAUGUUGAUUACUUCUUAGAUAUAGUUUCGCAGUGGUAUGAACUAGUGGUGUUCACAGCAUCGAUGGAAAUAUAUGGUGCAGCAGUCGCCGAUAAGCUAGACAAUGGCAGAGGUAUUCUGAGGCGGCGUUUCUACAGACAGCACUGCACCGCGGAGCACGGCUCCUAUACCAAAAAUCUGUCGUCGAUAUGCGACGACCUUAACAGGGUCUUCAUCCUGGACAACUCGCCGGGGGCUUACCGGGACUUCCCAGACAACGCGAUCCCGAUAAAGUCGUGGUUCUCGGACCCACUGGACGUGGCGCUGCUGAACCUGCUGCCAGUGCUCGACGCGCUGCGUUUCACGCACGACGUGCGGUCCGUGCUCUCCCGCAACCUGCACCUGCACCGCCUGUGGUAG